AUGAACCAAUCGGGAAUUCCACAAUCGUGCUACGAAAAUUCAUUGAAUAAUGAAUUGUUUAGUAGUUCACCCUAUCAAUUAACAUUAGAAAUAAAUAAACUCAUUUCACCUCCGCAAAACACUCGUAAAGCAAAAAAAUUUCUAAAAAAUCCUCAAUCUGCCUCACCACCGAGGCCUUCAAAUGCAUUUAUCCUUUUUCGCCGUGAUUUCUUUGAAAAACAAAAGCGAAACGGGACAAAAAUGAAACUUAAUGAUAUGUCACGCGAAGCAAAAAAUGUGUGGGAUAAUUUAUCUAAUGAAGCUAAAAGCUACUUCGAUGUUCUUGCAACUUGGGCGAAAAAAAGACACGACGAAUUAUACCCGAACUAUAAAUAUGAUCCCAAACCUAAAAAGCCACGAUCAAAAGUUACACACCGAAAAAAUAACAAAGCCGAACGAUUCUCGACAAUUAGCUAUGAAAAAACGUGUAAAACUACAAUUGAAGAAUCAGAAAAAAACCCUAAAACUUCUAUUGAAAAUAGUUCUAAUUUUGAACUCCCAUUUUUCCCCGAUUUGGGCAUAAUUUCUUAUCCGUUUGGUUUACGCAAUGAUUUUGCUAUCGAUGAUUUUUUAUUAUAUCCAUACGUUUCUGAAUCGAUAAAUAAUGUCGUUACUGAACAAAAAUUUUUCAAUGAUUUACCAUCAUAUCCCGAAUACGGUUUUGAACCGAUAAAUAAUUCCGAACUUCAGGCCAAUGAUCAAGGCUUUUUCGUUGAUAAUCGCGAAUACGUUUUUGGUCCGAUCGAAUAUCAGACUACUGAUCAAAACUUUUUCAAUCAAUAUUUCGUUGAUUAUCGCGAAUACGUUUUUGAUUCGAUCGAACAUCAGACUACUGAUCAAAAUUUCGAUCAUUAUAUUAAUUACGAUCAGCAACCUGGUGCUAACUGUUAA